UUAUUUGUUAAAUUAUCAACUUUUUUUAUUAUCAAAUUAAUGUCUUCGCCAUUGACUGCGGUUUUAAUUGACUCUGAUGAAGAUAUGGAAACAUAUGAUACUGAGCGUCUGAACACGGUUAAACAGCGUCUUGCAGUUUUUGAUUUGAGCACAGAAUUAGAGAUGUUUAAAAUUAGAGAUGCACAAAAUUAGAGAUGCACAAAUUAGAGAUGUUUUACAAGUGAGUUUUGAAGAAGGCCUUAAAUCAGAAGAAAGUGUUGUCAAAAUGUUACCCACCUUUAUUACAGCAAACACAACUACAAUUAAAAAAAAUUUUAUUGCCCUUGAUCUUGGAGGUACGGGCUUUCGCAUAUAUUUAAUUGGAACAACAGGAGAAAUUCUCCAUGAAAUAGUCACAAAAAUUCCUGAAAAUAUGAAGAAGGGAAGCAUCGAUAAUUUGAUGUUUUUCAUUGCUGAAUCGCUGAGAGAAUUUUUAAUAAAACAUCAAUUACCUCUUGACAACAAAUUUCCUGUUGGCUUCACAUUUUCUUACCCUUGCAUUCACAACAACUUGACUUCAGCUACACUUAUAAAAUGGACAAAAGGUUUUUGUGCUUACGGAUUUACUGGAAAGGACAUUGUAGAACUUUUUCGUGAUGCUUGUUCACUUGUAAAACUUGAAAUUGGAACAAUUACAUUAAUUAACGACACCGUCGGAACAUUGCUGGCUUGUUCUUUGAAUGAUAAUAGUUGUUCAGUUGGCCUUGUUGUAGCGACCGGGUUCAAUAUUGCAUAUAUGGAGCGUCUUGCAAAUAUUCCCAAAUUAAAAAAACUUCACAAAAAUGGAAAUAAAGAAAUAUGUAUCAAUACAGAAGUUGGAGCUUUUGGAGAUAAUGGAGCUAUUGAUGCUUAUAAAACCAAAUUCGAUACUUCACUCGACAAUAAUUCUAUAAAUAAAGGACAACAGACUUUUGAGAAGAUGAUUUCAGGGAUGUAUUUAUGUGAAUUAAUGCGUUUUGUUGCAAUCGAUUUAUUUUUGGCUGGCUUAAUUUUCAACGACAAACCAACAGCUAUUUCUUUACUGGAAAAUGAUGGUUUUUUUAAAACUUCAACGAUGACCAGAAUUGCUGAAUAUAUGAGGUACAACAAGCCGCUUGGAAAAAUUCAAAAUUUAAUUAAAAAAGCGGGAUUCACAGCGUCAUUAACUGAUUGUGCAGUUUUGGAGCAUAUUUCUUCAGUAAUUUGUUCUAGAUCGGAGUUUCUGUGUGCAGCAGCUGUUGCAGCGAUUUGCCAACGAAUAAACAAGCAAAAGAUAACUAUUGGAGUUGACAGUGCUUUGUUCUGCACCAAGCGAACACUUCUAAAUUUGGAAUCAAAAAUUGAAUGCUUGACCGAAAAAAAAAUCGAAUUAAUUGAUACUGAAGAGGCAAGUGGCCGCGGAGCGGCGGCCGCAUUUCAGGAAAAUGGCCGCAUUUCAGGAAAAUUUUUCUAGUUCAGAAUGGAAUUGUGUGGUUGUUUAGGUGUAUUCGUUGUCUAAUCAUUGCCAAACAUUUUAAAUCUUUAGGAAUAUUAGAGCACAUAAAUUUUUUUUGUUAUUUUAGGGAACGAUAUUUAUUUUUACAUGUG